UUCCUGGACCCCAGCAUCUCCCCAGAGUUCCUGGUGGCCUCUGAGCAGUUCUUUUCCACCAUGGUGCCUCCUGGGGUCUACAUGAGAAAUGCCAGCUGUCAGUUCCAGACGGUCCCGUACAAGAGUUUUGGCAGCUUCCCAGCUCUCAGAGUCUGCAACAGCUACUGGCGUCGGGAGAACGCCAGCCUGAACAGUGCCCAGGCAGUGGACCAGCUGCUGCUGGGAAUGGCCUCCCAGAUUGCAGAGCUGGAGGACAGGAUAGUGGUUGAAGAUCUGAGAGACUACUGGCCCGGCCCUGGCAAGUUCUCCCGCACAGACUACGUGGCCAGCAGUAUCCAGCGUGGCCGAGAUAUGGGGCUACCCAGCUAUAUGCAAGCCCUGAUGGCUUUGGGGUUGGACACCCCACAGAAAUGGAGUGACAUCAACCCCCAUGUGGACCCCCAGGUGCUGGAGGCCACAGCUGCCCUGUACAACCAGAACCUGUCCCUGCUGGAGCUGCUCCCCGGGGGGCUCCUGGAGAGCCAUGGGGACCCCGGGCCCCUCUUCAGCACCAUCGUCCUUGACCAGUUUGUGAGGCUGCGUGAUGGCGACCGCUACUGGUUUGAGAACACCAGGAAUGGGCUGUUCUCCAAAAAUGAAAUCGCAGAAAUCAGAAACACCACUUUUUGGAAUGUGCUGGUGGCUGUUACCAACGUGGACCCCAGUGCCCUGCAGCCCGAUGUCUUUAUCUGGGAUGAAGGUGCCCCGUGCCCUCAGCCUCAGCAGCUCACAACCCAAGGCUUGCCCAGCUGUGAGCGCCUGACCAUGUUGGACUACUUCAAGGGCAGCGGUCCUGGGUUUGGCAUUACCAUAGUGGCUCUCUGCUGUCUUCCGCUUGUGAGUCUGCUUAUCUCUGGGGUGGUGGCCCAUUUCCGGAGCCGAGAGCGCAAGAGGCUACAGAAGAAAGGCAAAGAGAGUGUGAAGAAAGAAGCAGCCGAAGAUGGUGUGCCAGCGAUGGAGUGGCCGGGCCCCAGGGAGAAGAGCUACCCCAUCACCAUCCAGCUGCUCCCAGACAGGCGUCUGCAGGUCCUGGACAGGCGGCUCUCUGUGCUCCGCACGGUCCAGCUGCAGCCCCUGCAGCAGGUCAACCUCAUCCUGUCCAGCAACUGUGGACGCCGGACCCUGCUGCUCAAGAUCCCCAAGGAGUAUGACCUGGUACUACUGUUUAACUCCGACGAGGAGCGGGGCACCUUCGUGCAGCAUCUGCAGGACUUCUGUGUGCAAUGGGCUCUGGGCCUUGACGUGGCUGAGAUGAGCGAGAACGAGCUGUUCAGGAGGGCUGUGACCAAGCAGCAGCGGGGCCGCAUCCUGGAGAUCUUCUUCAGACACCUGUUUGCCCAGGUGCUGGACAUCGACAAGGCGGACGCAGGGACCCUGCCCCUGGACUCAUCACAGAAGGUACGGGAGGCCCUGACUUGCGAGCUGAGCAGAGCUGAGUUUGCCGAGUCCCUGGGCCUCAAGCCCCAGGACAUGUUUGUGGAGUCCAUGUUCUCCCUGGCUGACAAAGAUGGCAAUGGCUACCUGUCCUUCCGGGAGUUUCUGGACAUCCUGGUGGUCUUCAUGAAAGGCUCCCCAGAGGACAAGUCCCACCUGAUGUUCACCAUGUAUGACCUUGAUGCAAAUGGCUUCCUCUCCAAGGAUGAGUUCUUCACCAUGAUGCGGUCCUUCAUCGAGAUCUCCAACAACUGCCUGUCCAAGGCCCAGCUGAAGGAGGUGGUGGAGUCCAUGUUCCGGGAGUCCGGCUUCCAGGAUAAGGAGGAGCUGACGUGGGAGGACUUCCACUUCAUGCUGCAGGACCAUGACAGUGAGCUCCGAUUCAUGCAGCUCUGCGUCAAAGGUGGAGGUGUUGGAGGCAUCUUUAAACCAAACAUCGGCUGUCGAGUCUCAUUCAUCACUCGGACUCCGGGGGAACGCUCCUGCUCCCAGAAACUGGAGCUCCCUGCCUCAGAAGCCCCAGAGCUGGGAGGCCCUGGGCUGAAGAAGAGGUUUGGCAAAAAGGCGGUGGGGCCCAAUCCCCGGCUGUACACGGAGGCGCUGAAGGAGAAGAUGCAGCGGGGCCUCCUGGCCCAGAAGCUUCGGCAGUACAAGCGCUUCGUGGAGAACUACCGGCGGCACAUCGUGUGCGUUGCCGUCUUCUCUGCCAUCUGUGCGGGCCUGUUUGCAGAGCGGGCCUACUAUUAUGCCUUUGCCUCGCCACCCUCGGGCAUCGCAGAGACCACCUUUGUGGGUAUCAUCCUGUCCCGGGGCACGGCCGCCAGCAUCUCUUUCAUGUUCUCCUACAUCCUGCUCACCAUGUGCCGCAACCUCAUCACCUUCCUGCGAGAGACCUUCCUCAACCGCUACGUGCCCUUCGACGCCGCCGUGGACUUCCAUCGCUGGAUUGCCAUGGCUGCUGUUGUCCUGGCCAUUUUGCACAGUGCUGGCCACGUGGUCAAUGUCUUCAUCUUCUCAGUCAGUCCCCUCAGCCUGCUGGCCUGCAUCUUCCCCGACGUCUUUGUGAAUGAUGGGUCCCAGCUUCCCCAAAAGUUCUACUGGUGGUUCUUCCAGACAGUCCCAGGUAUGACAGGGGUGCUCCUACUCCUGGUCCUGGCCAUCAUGUAUGUCUUCGCCUCCCACCACUUCCGGCGCCGCAGCUUCCGGGGCUUCUGGCUGACCCACCACCUCUACAUCCUGCUCUACGUGCUGCUCAUCAUCCACGGCAGCUUCGGCCUGAUCCAGCUGCCCCGUUUCCACAUCUACUUCCUGGUCCCGGCACUAAUCUAUGGGGGAGACAAGCUGGUGAGCCUGAGCCGGAAGAAGGUGGAGAUCAGUGUGGUGAAGGCGGAGCUGCUGCCUUCAGGAGUCACCCACCUGCAGUUCCAGCGGCCCCAAGGCUUUGAGUACAAGUCGGGACAGUGGGUGCGGAUCGCCUGCUUGGCUCUGGGGACCACUGAGUACCACCCGUUCACACUGACUUCUGCACCCCAUGAGGACACUCUCAGCCUGCACAUCCGGGCGGCAGGGCCCUGGACCACUCAGCUCAGGGAGAUCUACUCACCUCCAACGGGAGAUGGCUGUGCCAGAUACCCAAAGCUGUACCUUGAUGGACCAUUCGGAGAGGGCCACCAGGAGUGGCAUAAGUUUGAGGUGUCAGUGCUGGUGGGAGGGGGCAUUGGGGUCACCCCCUUUGCCUCCAUCCUCAAAGACCUAGUCUUCAAGUCAUCCUUGGGCAGCCAAAUGCUCUGUAAAAAGAUCUACUUCAUCUGGGUGACGCGAACCCAGCGGCAGUUUGAGUGGCUGGCUGACAUCAUCCGGGAGGUGGAGGAGAAUGACCGCCAGGACCUGGUGUCCGUGCACAUCUACAUCACCCAGCUGGCCGAGAAGUUUGACCUCAGGACCACCAUGCUGUACAUCUGUGAGCGGCACUUCCAGAAGGUGCUGAACCGGAGUCUGUUCACGGGCCUGCGUUCCAUCACCCACUUUGGCCGCCCCCCCUUUGAGCCCUUCUUCAGGUCCCUGCAGGAGGUCCACCCACAGGUACCGAAGAUUGGGGUGUUCAGCUGUGGCCCUCCAGGAAUGACCAAGAAUGUAGAGAAGGCCUGUCAGCUCAUCAACAGGCAGGACCAGGCCCACUUUGUGCAUCACUACAAGAACUUCUGAGAACCUCCGAGAACUUCCUGGUUCCUGUUUCCCCUCUGUGGGCAGCCCUGCCAACAGUUUCUCUGUCAGAAUCCACCU